UCUGUGUCUCGAGCUUGUACGUCAAUUUAUCUCGCUUGAUUCUUUGAAAUAUUUCGAAGAUAUAUGAUUGAAAGGACAUUUUCCACAAAAUUCCGAGAACAGCGUCAGUGCGGUGAUUGUGGAUUGCCGCUAUUCCCAAAAUUUUGUUGUGUCUAAAUAUAAAUUUAGAUCCACAUCGUGAUUUAAUCAAUAUCUGCUUUAACCGCAUAAAUAUAUCCUCUGGAAAAAGAGUGGAGAACUAAUAUUGCAUAAAGUAUUUUUGCUGUUUGAACAAUGGACGGAGCACCAGGCGGUAGAGGUGGAUUCCGAGGACGUGGUCCUGGAGGACUAAUGAGAGGACGUGGUGGCUUUGGAGACAGAGGACGAGGUGGUCCUCCACGAGGAGGUAAUAUGAUACGUGGAGGUAGAGGCAGUGGACCUGGUGGAAGCAUGAGAGGAGGUCCACCUAUGAGAAGUAGGGGUGGUCCUCCUAGAGGAGGGCGUGGUGGACAUUUUCCUCCAGGGCCACCUGAACCAGGAAUGUCCAGUGGAGGUGGGCCACUACCCUUAGGAAUGGGUGGUCCUCCGCGAGGUGGCGGCGGAAGAGGUGGUGGAAAUAACAGUUUUCGCAGCAGAGGCAGGGGAGAUUUUGGUAGAGGAGAUAAUCGUGCCAGUAAUAAUUUCCGUGGACGCGGUGGCAUAGAUAGAGGAAGAGGAGGAUCUCGAGGAUCAGGUAGAGGUGGGCCAAGCCGUGGAGGCGGUUUUUCUGAUCGUGGUGGACGAGGAAUAGGUGGUGGACGAGGUGGUCCAACAAAACGAGGAGGAGGUCCACCUAGUUCUAGUGGUCCCUCUAAAAGGCCACGUUUUGAUCAACCCUCUUCACAGUCUUCCAAUGGUUAUGCUACUCAAUCAUCUAGCCAAGGUUAUGGAGGCUCAAAUAAUGCUUAUGGUGGUCAACAACCACAGCAGCAGCAAUCGGUAGGAUAUGGCGGCGGCGGUGGCGGUUACGGAUCACAAGGAUAUACACAAUCCUAUCAGGGUUACGAGAGUUAUCAGCAAUCAGAUUACGCUCAAACAAGUGGCUAUCCACCGUCUGCACCACCGGAUAGUAGAUACGGCGGAUCGUCCUCGGUUCCUGUUGCAGGAGGAUUCAGCACUAACGAUCCCUAUUAUGGCAAAGCUCCGCCUAGUUCAGCCAAUUACCAGCAGGAGGCAGUGCCAGCAGCGGGGCCGGGGGGUGGUUAUGCCCCUGCUAACCCAUAUGACGACCGGUCUAAUGCCAACAUAAUCAACCGGGGUGGUUAUUCGACGCAACCUUACGAUUAUCCAAAUCAAGAUGGUGUUUAUGGAAAACAGGAUUAUGGUGGCAGUGCUGGUUACCAAAACACCCAGUCUCAGCGACGUUAUUAAAGUUAUCCGACACUAAUUAUUCAAAUCGCGUUCAUUAAUUCUAUAUCUAAGUAGGUAACAUUUUUUCUACACAGACAAAAAAGGAAAGAAAGAAUAUAAAAGAUCGAAUUGUUUCCCGGCGCACGAAAAAGUGAGAGUCUUAUUUCUUCCCCCUUUUUUUGAGAUAUCAAAUAAUCUGGAAAUAAUGGCGUUUUUUUAAAUUAAGGCUCCCUAAAAUGAAAAUGACAUUGUAAAAUCAUUGUUGCACAGUCAACAACUCUUUACAAUGGCUUUUAAGAAAA